AUGGUCAAGGAUCGCUAUACUCAACGGUUUCCACUAGGGACACGCGUGAUCAAACAUUUUACCGGGUAUCGCAACCCUUUUGAGGGCUCGGUGGACCACCACUCGGACCAGACAGAUUUCUACCACGUAUCGUACGACGACGGCGACAGCGAAGAGAUGACGGAAGAUGACGUUGAGAUGCACCUCCUCUGCGUGCCUAAGCCUCAAACGCUGCUUAAGCCACAGAAGACAUUUUUGCGAGGUAAGACUUACACAGCAAGGAAGCUAUGCUCGCCGUCUGCUAAGGUUGAAAGGGGCAGUGCCGAUAGCACGCCAGUAGCAGCUGCAAUCGUGCCAUCUGUCACGAAUUUAGACGGAAAUAAGAGACAAACAGUGCUGAGUCUCAAUGCAAACGCACCGGGAUUGUUGGGUAGCAGCGGUAACAGUGGUUCUUCUAGCUCCUGUGCAGUGGCGAGUGAGCCACCGCUGACCGUGUGUAUUCCAGCUUACUCUCUUAAAGAAGCCAAGGAAGAUGAAGUGGUCGAAAAUGAUGAUAUGGUAAAUGGAGAGAAUGAGGAGGAAGAAGAUGAGGUGGUCAAUAGCGAAGACGAGGAGGAAGAAGAUGAUGCAUUACUGGAAGGCACCCCAGAACAAAUUAACCUGCUUAUUGGCAAGCCCGUCACGAGAACGGUCGUGAAGGAAGGAUGCGGCGAUGUUUUAGAGGGUACCGUAGCAAGUUAUUUUCCAGCUACAAAGAUGUUUCGCGUGAUGUAUUUCGACGGGGAAUGCUGUGACCUUUCUUAUCAGCAACUACUCGACAUUAUCCCGGCAGAUUCGCGUCCGAUUAGGAGCAGUGGAAUGAAAAAGCGAAAGAUAGAAAAGAAGUCUUGGAAGAUGGAGAAAAAGAUGCGGUUCAGUGCUUCAUCGUCGUCUCCAAAGUGGCCUCAGACUCUGGACUUAAUUGCUCCAUCAUCCGCCACGAAAGUCGCAGGACGGACAAAGCAGAGUUUCACGGUAUAUUCUCCGUCAUGUGAUGCACAGUCGCCUUUGACUCCAGUCGUUCGUGAGACAGAUAUGAUGAAAGUGGACAACGUUGAGUACAACAUUGUUCGCAAAGUGCUGUUUAUCAUCGUAAGCACCGUGAGCAACGUGAUGAUGGAGGUGCAGCUUGAAGUUCUUUCAUCUGCAGAUUUAAAGGAUAAAGAGGCGCUGGAGGUGUUUGUCCAGAAAGGUGGACUGAUUUCCUUGAUCGAACUUUUGUCCAAAUGGGAAGGCCAAGAGGAGACGCAGCAAGGGGUACUGCUUAUUCUAAAGGCUCUUGCAGUAUUGCCUGGUGUGACGAAAGAUGUGAUCAUGGACAGUAGGAUUGGUAAGAAAGUGCGGGGAAUUGAAAAAAGUCAAUUUUACAGAGAUCCUACGAUACCUAGCCUUGCCACAUGGGUGAUUCAGAAGCUGAAAGCUGAUGUCGUAGCUCAACAAGCGGGCCAAGGUCUGAGUCCAAGUGUCAACAGCGAGGCCGAGCGCAACCAAAACGACUACUCACGAAAUUCAGGUCCAAAACCAGGAUCGUUCAGUUUGCGUAGCGACGGGAGACAAGAUGAUUGCCCAGUCUCGGCAAAAUCGGCAGUCAGUCCGCGACCGCAAGACACAACGCGUAGCAAAGGAAAUCCGCUAUCUCAGUCGAAUGGUGGCAGCAAGCAGUCCAAGUCAGCAAGUCAUUUGCUGGACCUGAUGAACUCGCGUAAUGGUCGAGACACAAGCAGCAGCUGCCGUGACCGAGACAUUUUUGGGAAUAUUGUAGGUCCUCGUAAGCCGGGCAAGCUGGGGACGGCAAGAAAUUGGCGAGCCCGGCGUUCUACAGUGGUGUUGGAUCAGGUAAGCAAGCGCCUGAAUGAAAAUGUUCAAGAAAUCGACAUUGUGAAGACCAAAAAGGUCGAAAACGACGAUUGGAAACCGUCGAGAAUAUCGUUUGCGCUGAACGAUUCAGUGUGCGCAUUCGACAAGGAAGUUGCAGUGUCGAAACUACUGGUCUUCCGUCCGUACGGUUCGACGAAGGCACCAGAACGGGUGUCCAUAAAGCGUCACUCAGGCCCAUUACGAUCAAUCCUCCGUGCUGGGCGAUCUCCUCGCACAACGCCAGAAAAUAUGGCACAGGUCGUUGAAAACAACUCUGCUCCGCCUACGGUUAACUCAGGUGCUUACACUGCAGUGGAUCUCAAUGGGGUCUCUCAUGAAUCGAGUAAUGCAGCGUCGAAAGCCGGUCCGUUUGAAUCGUUCGCGUUUCAUACGUCGAGGCUGCUCAACGUCGUGAGCCCAACUGAGAAAAGGAGGACAGACUUCUCUCCUCCUCCGAGCGUUCCAAGUUCGGAGCAAACACCACUGGAUCUUACUGGUGAAGCCGACGAUGGCUCGAUUUACGCAAGUUGCAAUAGCAGUAAAAAAGUCGGUUCGCCGCGAAAACGACCCCAGGAACCCAAACCAGCGAAAGCAGUAACAAUGCAUGUCCCAGGUAUGUCUCCCAUCGUAUCGGACGAUGACAUAUCCGAGAAUGAGAAGCAAUCUGGGGCCAACAGCGCUGCAAAGUCUGACGUCGCAGGCUCUUCUACUGGGUCCGAAUGUGGCGUGGCUGCCGGCAUCGAGUCGUCAUAUGUUCAGCAAACAGCUACUAUUCCAACACGCACAUGUAGUGAUAUAAUGCAACAUAAUUGA